GCUGCCUACUUCUAUACCUAGUCCAUGUCUCACCAUAUAUCGCUCCUACGACUACAUUGAAUGUGGCACUACAUCGUCACCUCCGCAAGAGUGUUUCAUCAUGCAAACGCACAGCAAACUGUGUGUCUCCGCACUUACUACUCUAUCUGGACUCCAAGAGUGGGCAGACCUCCCAGAUGGUUUGUUGCACACCAUUCUUCCUCUCUUAGGCUCUGUACGUGAUCUUCUUGCCUUUUCUGCAACAUGCCGCUCUUGGCAUGUUGCAUUCUUGUCAUACCCAUCCAAAUCUACCCUCUGCACCCUGUUCCCCCCUCUCCUCAUCCAAACCAACAUCCGUGUUGAUGCUCCUCACGUUCCAUCUAACGAUAUUCAUUGCAAGUUGCACACCUGUAAGGUCAUUGACCCAUCCAACCAAAACAUCACUUUUCGCUGCCAGAUUGAUGAAGAAAUUCUACAAAAGAUGUAUUGUGUUGGCCCUUCCUAUGGUCAUCUCAUCUUCUUUUGCUCCCGUGGAUAUUGUCUUGUUGUUGACCCUUUCAGUGGUUCCAAAGUUUCACCCCCACGUCUUCCAAUCAGUGGCUGCGAGCGGGUUAGUCCUACCAAAAUACAUGCUCAACAUUCAGAGAUUGCGGAGUUGUACUUCUUCGGUGUUCUAACAGCUCCCAUUACAUCACCCAAUUCACAUCUCCUUGUGGGAACUCGAUUCUCUCUAUUUGAUUGGCCAGUUGGAAGUGACUCUUGGUCAGAACUCAAACUUCCUUCUGGUGCACAAAUAACUCAAAUCGUGGAAUUCAAGGGUCAGUUUAUUGCCAUGGAUUAUCAUAGAAGGAUCUACUCUUUCGAGUUAGCGCCCCAGCUUGGCCUACAAGAGAUAAUAACUGAGUGGUCUCCCCACUCGAUCAGAACCCCAUACCAAACAUCAUGGCUAGUGGUUUGUGGUGACAUGCUCCUCAUGUUCAUCACGGUUGACCAUUGGAGCAGACGUAUUAAGGAUGGUGGUAUUUUGAAAAAGGUUUGUACACUCUUCACCUCGACAUGUCAAGCAAACCUGCAAAAUGGGUUGUCAAGAAAAAGUUGGGCAGCUGGGCAGCCUUUGCAGGAUGUGAUACGAAGAACAUGCCAUUAUCUAAUAUGAACCCAGAACGAUGGGGAGGGAGGAGCAAUUCAUUGUAUUACGCCGAGAGUUCUCCACCUUGGAGAGUACACGAGCUGGACAGCGCACAUGAUCCUUGGGACGCUUCCAUCAGGCAGUGCGUAAUAUAUUGGGGCCACUACAUGAAGCCCCUCUGGGUGUAUCCAAGCAUG